AUGAGCCAAGAUCAGGCAAACAUACCGGUACCCCCCACCGGACUACAAACCGACGAUGACCCACCACCCGAGCCCAACGUUCUUGAUGCCCCCAACAUUUGGGCUUGGUACCACGCCAUUGGUAGACUACUCGAGACUGGGACAUUCCGCGAACCAAAAGACUUGCCGGCACAAGUAACGCCUUGGAUGAUGAUUUCCUCGGAAUAUCCAUUACGGAACUUCGAACGGUUGCUCGAAUUGGGGGUCACGCACGUACUCACGACCAAUGCCAUGGUACCGGAACUUUUGGAGCCCGCACAGCAACGGUAUGCCAAGUGCGGCUUUAUCACGCAUGGAUACGUGGCGGGGCGAGACCGAGAGGGAUAUGAUAUGUUGGGACAGCACUGGGGGGACUGCCUCGAGUUUUUGAGUGCUGUGCGGGGAGCAGACAACCAAAAGGUCGUGGUCCACUGUUCGGCAGGACAAAAUCGGUCGGGGUUGAUUGUCGCAGCCGCUCUCAUUGCUUUGGAGCGCAUGACGUUGAUCGAGGCGGUGGAAAAUCUGAAACGCGUUCGUGGGGUGGUGCUGAUCAAUCGCAGCUUUCGACAGCAGCUGUGCGAAUUCGCUGCCAAAGAAGGGUUGUUGGGCGACAAACCAGAGGGCUUUUCCGAUGAGCCACCAGAACCAAUCCGUUCUUUUGAGUUCUUGUACCCGACGUUGGAACAAGUUUCGAAUGAAGAAGACAACCAGGGAGACAGUCGAGAAGAUAGUCAAAGGUAG